UGCCCUUGUGGUCCCCACUAGCAAACGGAAAGAAAACAUUAAAUUAAUGUAUGGUCGGGUGUUUGUGUUGUUUCUUUAGGUAUAUAUUGAUUAUUGCUGGUUUUAUAUUAUCUUCAUAUUGUAUCUCAUUAUCUGGCCUGUCUACAACGAGCUCCUUUUUUGCAUUGAGCUUAUUUUAGUUUUUUUCUGAUGUUGCUAACAAGAAAUAAGUUAGCAGAAUAGCUAAACAGCUAGCAUCUGGAUUUAUUUUGUGUUCGUUUUUCAACAUGCCGCUGGGUUUGAAACCAUGUUGCGCUGUCUGCAAAACAAACUCAUCGUCUAUGUGGAAAAAGGGAAAUCAAGGAGAGAUCUUGUGCAAUAAUUGCACGGGAAAGAGCAUUGGUAGUGGACCGUCUGGACCCUCGGCGUCCUCAAACACGCAACAGAAUAAUGGCGGGGGCAAGCAGUCUAAACAAGAGAUCCACAGGAGAUCAGCGCGGCUGAGGAGCACCAAGUACAAAGCCCCUGCCUCUGAGAAAAAGGUGUCUACCAAAGGCAAAGGGAGAAGACAUAUUUUUAAGUUAAAAAAUCCAAUCAAAGCACCAGAAUCGGUGUCCACGAUCAUCACAUCCGAUUCAGUAUUUUUUAAGGGUGUGUAUUAUCAAAUAGGGGACGUCAUCAAAGUAACAGACGAGGAUGAUGGGAGACCGUAUUAUGCCCAGAUCCGAGGUUUUGUCCAGGACCAGUACUGUGAGAAGAGUGCAGCAUUAACUUGGUUGAUACCAACCCAGGCCAGCCCCAAGGAUCGGUUUGAUCCUGGCACGUACAUUGUCGGUCCGGAGGAGGACCUCCCCAGGAAGAUGGAGUACUUGGAUUUUGUAUGCCACGCCCCUUCAGAGUACUUCAAGUCCAGAAGCUGUCCCUUCCCCACCACUCCUGUACGUCCAGAGAAGGGAUACAUCUGGACCCAUAUCGGACCCACGCCGGCCAUGGCUAUCAAAUAACCUUUUGGCAACUGCCCGCUGGGCCAUUUAUUGUGAGGAUAUAAACUUUUUCUGUUAGUUUGCUAACGGACACGUGCAAUUUAAGUAAUAUACUGUCUUGAGACGCACAUUAUUCAUCUUUGAAUAUGGAGUCUAUGUUUGUAAUUGGAUAAUUACAAACCCUUCUGAAUUAAAAGUCCACCUGUCACAUCUUGGACAGUACAAGAAUGGACCCUGUGGGAUUUUUUUUUGUAUUCUGUAAUAAAGGUUGAAAAUGCGAAGGCUUUCAUAGAACGUGUGAGGUGAAUUGGAUUGAGACCAAUUUAGGAUGUUCUGAAGACAGCAAAAACAUUUCUGAAGAGGGUGUUGUUUUAUUGGCAGCUACAUUGUAAUCUCCCCAGCCCCGCCCCUUGCUGUCCAGUUAUGGCCAAUGUGGUUUUGCGAGACGAAAUGUGUGCAGUUCUGAUUCAUCCAUGCGGUCGGUUAAUCGGUAAAGCCUGGUUGUUUGGGACAUAGCAAGGGGUUCCUGCGGAGCGGCGUGUUCAGCUGGCGCUGUGGUUUGAGCCGGCGGUGUCACUGUGCCCGGUGUCCUGGUGUGUGGACGUAGACGCCAGGUGCGGCUGGCUGUCCAUGGACAGCCUCCUUGCGGUGUGGCGCAUGCCUUUCCGGAACAGCUGGGGGGUCGCCGUGUUCGUAUCUAUGACGUGGGCCUGAAACGCAGAGGCACAAGUGACGUUUUCACCAGAACACAGAGCUUCAAGUUUGUGCGCCAUCCCAGGAGAGGUGACUGACGGGCUAUAUUGGCAUGUGGAACAGAGGGCUGUGG